CCGCGGCUGGGGCGAAAGCUUUGGGCCCGGCUGCAGCGGCGCCGACGGCUCUGUUCCGCCUCCUCCGCAGAUGCCUGUUCCUCCGGGCUGUGGACCGAAAUCGUGCGGCCACCCCGUGGCAGGCUGCCUGUGAUUUGACUGUCUUCGCCACACAGCUUUCCCAGUCCCUGCCUUCAGUUAGACAAUGGCCAAGAACAAAUUAAAAGGGCAGAAGUCCAGGAAUGUAUUUCAUAUAGCCAGCCAAAAAACCUUCAAGGCUAAAAACAAGGCAAAACCAGUUACUACUAAUCUUAAGAAGAUAAACAUUAUGAAUGAUGAAAAAGUCAACAGAAUGAACAGAGCUUUUAUAAACAUACAGAAAGAACUUGCAAGCUUUUCAAAAAGCCUUUCUCUGAAAUCUGUGCAGAAGGAGCUGAAGCACCAUGAAAAUGAACCAGCUAAUGUUGAUGAAGCAACCAGACUAAUGGCUCAAUUGUAACACAGUGACACUCCCCCAAAGAUCAAUAAAUUGAAUGCUUUAUACAA